AUGACGUACCAGUCAUGGGAGCUGCCACGCCUCCUGGGAGCUGCCACGCCUCCUGGGAGCUGCCACGCCUCCUGGGAGCUGCCACGCCUCCUGGGAGGGCCACGCCUCCUGGGAGCUGCCACGCCUCCUGGGAGCUGCCACGCCUCUUGGGAGGGUCACGCCUCCUGGGAGCUGCCACGCCUCCUGGGAGCUGCCACGCCUCCUGGGAGCUGCCACGCCUCCUGGGAGGGCCACGCCUCCUGGGUGCUGCCACGCCUCCUGGGAGCUGCCACGCCUCCUGGGAGCUGCCACGCCUCCUGGGAGGACCACGCCUCCUGGGUUGGCCACGCCUCCUGGGUUGGCCACGCCUCCUGGGAGGGCCACGCCUCCUGGGAGGGCCACGCCUCCUGGGAGCUGCCACGCCUCUUGGGAGCUGCCACGCCUGCUGGGAGGGCCACGCCUCCUGGGAGCGGCCACGCCUCCUGGGAGGGCCACGCCUCCUGGGAGGGCCACGCCUCCUGGGAGGGCCACGCCUCCUGGGAGGGCCACGCCUCCUGGGAGGGCCACGCCUCCUGGGAGGGCCACACACAGGGAUGA